CCGUCCCUCUCCCCAAGCUCCGUCGCAGUCCCGCAUCGCCUCCCUCGCUCCAGAUCAAAACCCUAACCCUAGGAGCACCUACGGCCUCGCCGUCGACUGGCGCGCGUCCCCGGCGACCCUGCUCGGGAUCUCCUCGGGGAGGGGAGGAAGGGGGGAGGCGAUGGGCGGCGCGAUCUCCGGCGGCGCAGCGGCGACGGGGGAGUACCCGGUGGUUCUCAACGUGUACGACCUCACGCCGCUAAACAACUACGUCCACUGGUGCGGGCUCGGCAUCUUCCACUCCGCCGUCGAAGGUUGGAGGGUUCCUUCACCAAAUUGUUGGCAAUCAAUUUUUGGCAGAGCAAGCAUGGAUGAUCCCAUAUUCAAAGAACAAGAGCUGGACCCACUCAUGUAGAGCAACCAAACUCCAUGGAUCGGAGUACAGUUUUGGAGCUCAUGACCUUCCAACAAGUGGGCUUUUUGAGGUUGAACCAAAGAGCUGCCCAGGCUUCUUGUACAGAUCUUCAAUUUUCAUAGGCCAUACAAGUCUACAUCCCUUGGAAUUUCGAGAUUUCAUUCAGAGAAUGGCCUCGGAGUAUCAUGGGGAUACAUACCACCUCAUUUCUAAGAAUUGUAACCACUUCACGGAUGAUCUCAGCACCAGAUUGACAGGAAAGCCAAUUCCUGGUUGGGUUAACCGACUUGCUAAGCUAGGUGCGUUUUGCAACUGCCUUCUACCAGAAAGUAUGCGGUUGGAGUCAACUGAGACAAAGAACCUCACGGACUACCAUUUCUCUGAUGAUUCCAACUUAACCAUCAAUGACCACUUUGACGAUGAUGACAUUGAAGAUAAACACUUGCUUUCAGAAUCUUCUGUCAGUGAAAAUGCAAUUGUAAAGGAAGUCCACAGGUGAAAGUUGCUGAAGCCAUGCAGAAUAGUUCAGUGUGCAGUUUAUCAUUCAUUUUGUACAUUGUAAUUUCUGUAUUCCGAAAUGUAACAUGCCCAUUCUAUUGUAUUUAAGUAUUGUACAUACAUUUAAUGGCGGGUUCGGUGUCGUGGUUUCUUCUCCUCAUUCCCCGUGCAAUACCGUAAUACCAUACUGCCCUCCCUAGCUAUACUGAGAUUCAGAGCCAGUGUGUAAUCUUAUUUCAUUUUCUUUUGUAAAAAUGUGAGUCAAGCAAGGAGGCAUGGUUCUUGAAAACUGCUAUGUUACUAUCAAUGAUCAACGUGGUUCUUUUUUCCUCC